CCAUAUGUUGGUUCGAAUGUUGGAAGUGUGCUGUGACUGCGCCGUGUGACAGGUUUUUAGUUAGUACGUAAAGUCGCGGUGGUGGUGGUGUCGAGCAGGUUUGCUGCGUCGUCAUCCAAAAAGCGUACUCUAUACGUGGUAUGGGUCAAUAUUAUCGGCUAUAGCAGCAGCAGCAGAAGACGAGUAAUUCAGUGCGUGUUUUGAAAUAGGAGGAAGUGUGUGCGUGUGUUAAGUAGUGUCUGGUGUCUAGUGACAUAGGAACCGGAUCGACAAGGUUAUAAAACAACAGGAGAAAAAGAAGAAAAAGCAAUGGGCUCGCUAUUCCGGAGCGCGGAGAUGACCCUCUGCCAGCUCUUCCUGCAGAGCGAGGCCGCUUACGCCUGCGUCUCUGAGCUAGGAGAGCUGGGCCUCGUUCAGUUCAGGGAUUUGAAUCCCGAUGUGAACGCUUUCCAAAGGAAGUUCGUGAACGAGGUGCGAAGAUGCGACGAGAUGGAGCGCAAGCUGCGCUACUUGGAGAAGGAGAUCAAGAAGGACGGCAUCCCGAUGCUCGACACCGGCGAGAAUCCGGAAGCACCGCAGCCGAGGGAGAUGAUCGAUCUCGAGGCGACCUUCGAGAAGCUCGAGAACGAGCUGCGCGAGGUCAAUCAGAACGCCGAGGCCCUCAAGCGCAACUUCCUGGAGCUCACCGAACUGAAGCAGAUCCUGAGGAAGACUCAGGUCUUCUUCGACGAGCACGAAGGGGGCGUUAACCCCACUGAGUCUAUGACCAGAGCCCUAAUAAGUGAAGACUCUAUAGCUCGGCAAGGAGCGCUGGGCCCCGUGCAAUUGGGUUUUCCGGAAAAAUCUAUUGAUCCUGAAGAAUUCUUUCCAUGCUUCGUCGCCGGCGUCAUCUUGCGCGAGAGGAUCCCCGCCUUCGAGAGGAUGCUGUGGAGGGCGUGCCGAGGAAACGUGUUUUUGAGGCAGGCCGAGAUCGAGACGCCCCUUGAAGAUCCGUCGACGAGUGAUCAGGUGUUCAAGUCGGUGUUCAUCAUCUUCUUCCAAGGUGAUCAGUUGAAGACGCGCGUGAAGAAGAUCUGCGAGGGAUUCAGGGCCACCUUGUAUCCCUGUCCGGAGGCUCCAGCCGAUAGGCGCGAAAUGGCGAUGGGCGUGAUGACUCGCAUCGAAGAUCUGAAUACCGUGCUGGGACAGACGCAGGAUCAUCGCCAUCGCGUGCUCGUUGCGGCGGCGAAGAAUAUCAAGAAUUGGUUCGUGAAGGUGCGCAAGAUCAAGGCGAUCUAUCACACCCUGAACCUGUUCAAUCUGGACGUGACGCAAAAGUGCCUGAUCGCCGAAUGCUGGGUGCCUGUACUCGAUCUGGAGACGAUACAGCUCGCCCUGAGACGAGGCACCGAGAGGAGUGGCAGUUCGGUGCCGCCCAUCCUCAACAGGAUGGAGACGUGCGAAGAACCGCCCACCUACAACCACACCAACAAGUUCACGUCCGCCUUCCAGGCGCUCAUCGAUUCGUACGGCGUCGCCUCCUACCGCGAAAUGAAUCCGGCACCGUACACCAUCAUAACGUUCCCCUUCCUCUUCGCCGUGAUGUUCGGUGACAUGGGUCAUGGUCUAAUCAUGGCCCUCUUCGGCGGUUGGAUGGUGCUGAAGGAGAAACAGCUCGCCUCGAAGAAAUCCGACAGCGAGAUAUGGACAAUCUUUUUCGGCGGUCGCUACAUCAUCUUCCUCAUGGGUCUGUUCUCCGUUUACACUGGCCUCAUCUACAACGACAUCUUCUCCAAGUCCGUCAACAUAUUCGGCUCCAAGUGGAUGGUAAACAAGAACUGGACGUUCGAGAAUGUGCGCAACGAAGAAUCGUGGAUGCUCGAUCCGGCGAAAACGUACGAGUUCGAGCAGGUCCCUUAUCCGAUCGGUCUGGAUCCGGUCUGGCAGAUGGCCAAGAACAAGAUCAUCUUCCAGAACGCCUACAAGAUGAAGAUCUCCAUCAUCCUGGGCGUUUUUCACAUGCUCUUCGGCGUCAGCAUGAGCCUCUGGAACAACCUCUACUUCAAGAACAAGCUGGACAUCAUCUGCCAGUUCGUACCGCAGGUGAUCUUCCUAUGUUUCCUCUUCCUCUACAUGGUUUUACUGAUGUUCAUCAAGUGGGUCUCGUACGCGGCCACCAACGAUCCGGGUUUGUUGAAGAGCAGCCCUUACUGCGCGCCCUCCAUUCUCAUCACGUUCAUCAAUAUGGUGCUGUUCAAGCCGAGCAAAGUGCCGCUUGGUUGCGACGAUGAGAUGUUCGCCGGGCAGAUGGUCAUUCAGAAACUGCUCGUCGUCUGCGCGCUGAUCUGCGUGCCGUGGAUGCUGCUCGCAAAACCGAUCAUCAUCAUGAGGAAUCAGAAGAAGCUGAGCUACUCCUUGUCUCAUCAGCAGAUGCAGUCGGCAGCCACCGAGAAUGGGGACGCCUCCGUCGGUGCCACCGAUCAGCAACCGAUGCAGAACGCCACACAGGUGUCGGCGGGCCACGGAGGCGAAGACGAGAUGACUGAGAUGUUCAUCCAUCAGGGCAUCCAUACCAUAGAGUACGUCCUCGGCUCAGUCUCGCACACCGCAUCUUAUCUCCGUCUCUGGGCCCUCUCGUUGGCUCACGCACAGCUCUCGGACGUCCUGUGGAACAUGGUUCUCAGCAAGGGUCUCAUCGUCGAAGACUGGAGGGGCGGAGUCGCCCUCUACGUCAUCUUCACUUUCUGGGCCUGCCUCACCGUCUCCAUCCUCGUACUUAUGGAAGGACUCUCAGCCUUUUUGCACACCCUUCGUCUGCAUUGGGUCGAGUUCCAGAGCAAGUUUUACGCAGGUCUGGGUCACGCCUUCCAGCCGUUCUCCUUCGAGGUGAUUCUCGACACAGCCUCAGCCCCAGUCGAAGAGUAAAAACGCGUCAAUCUGCGCUGUGUGAUCGAGCAACAUCGAGGAGCAUAUACACAUCUCUAGGAAAAUUUUCAAUCGUUAAUCAAUCAAUACUGCAGCCCUUGCCAACCGAAUCGAUGUUGAUGUUAUAUAACCAAUCUUAAUAAUUAAUUCAAUUCUCUUUUUCCCCGUUUUUGUUUUCGAAUCGCUGACCGCAUUCGAGCCAUCAUUUAAUUUAUAUUAAACAAAUUGAAACAAUUAUAUAUAUAAUUAAUAAGUACAUUUAUAUAAUUUAAAUAAAAGAAAAACACACACAAAAACAUACACAAUGUUGUAUGUGUUACAUUCUCAGUUUUUGUUGUAAUUUAUUUAUUUUUUUUUCAAUCUGAUGUUAUGAAUCUUGUUAUCGUUACUAUUACUAUAUCGUAGUCAUCUGCGUAGGCUUAUUCGAUGUGUUUCAAUCAAUCAAUGUACUUAAGCGAGUUGUAACUGUUUCGCUGUGUGCAAUGUAAUUGAGAAAAUAAUAUUAAUAAUAAUAAUACCUGUGUCUUCUUCAAAUAAUAAUAAUGUGUAUUCAAGAGCAGGAUGCAGUGCGCGUUGCUUUAGGAUCAAUAAAAGGAAUCUUAGCGACUUGCCUUGA